AUGGCUUCUUGCGCCGAAGGUUAUGUCACAUGCCUCAACAAACCGAGCGGCAUACCAUCAGCAUUUGUCCCACUUGUUGAAAUACCAGAUUCUUUCUGCUGUCAGUCGGAUACUGAAUGCGAAUGGCUCGCCGAGAACACGACGUUGUUGUGUUGCCCGUCGGGUGGCGAUUGCAACCUAAUCGCCCCAAUCUCUUGUGAUCUGACACUACAAAACUCUGCAAAUAAUCCCGAAGCCCUCAUCAAAACAUUGCUUUUGGCUGGGAGUCUUCCUGAGUGCGAAGAAAAGUGCUGUCCGUGGGGAUAUGGGUGCGACAGCGCGCAGAAUUGCGGCAUCGGUCUCAACGAUACCGCAGUACGUGCAGCUAUAAGUCUGGAGGCGUCCAGAACGGGCACGGAGAUAACCCCAUCAGGAACACCCACACAGUCAGCUAAGGCAUCAGCAACAGCACCUACGGGUAUCACGACGCCGAUCCUCAGUUCAGAUGUCCCCGCUCGGAGUUCUUCCACGUCCGCUUUGACGUCGAACUCAUCAGCAGCCGAGGCUUCCAGCCCAGUGACGGCAGAGACAAAGGCCAUGAUCGCCGCAGCUGUUUUGGGUGGCCUGCUGGCCAUACUGCUCGUUAUGGCAUCGAUUUUCAUCCUUCGUCGGAAACAUGGCAGAAAAUUAAAAACCAAGCGUGCGUCCCAACGUCAGUUCAUGAAGGCAGAGCUGGAUGCUGAUGGAGAGCUCCGGCCGCGCCAUGCAUUCCACAUGCUUUCUUCGGAUCGCGGGCCGGCAGAGCUGCCUGCGACUCCCUUGAAGAGCCACAUGGCGACUCCGGUCUGCGCGGAGUUGGAAGCGAGAGAUGCAGCGGGCGAAGGAAAGUCGUGGCGACGAGAAACAUGCCGCGUUCAUAAGGGAACUUGA